AAGUGCAUGUGAUCGAAUCGACAACGCUUCCACCGCACGAGUGUACAAUAAAUAUAUAUAAAUAUACUUGUCCGUUAACGUCACAGUAUCUCCACCGCCGGGGAUUAAUUAACCCAAUCGGCGUUUGCCACCUGUCACAAUGCAAGGAUGUAAUGAUAAUGACGCACGGCGUUGACGGAGGAGGAGGGAAAGCCAUGAUCUCCCAGGCGGAGAGAGAUCCGUCGAUUCAAAUCCGGCUUCCGGGAAGCUCCCACUCUUCCCCGUCUCCGCCGCCGUCACCUAGUCUCCUCCGGUCUAAAUCAUCCGAACCUCCGAGUCGAACCUUCGCACACCGGAUCUCUUGGAUCGUCUUAUCGGUUAUUCUCCGGCGUCGUCGGAGAAUUCUACUCUUCGCUCCUGUAAUAUACAUCUCCUGUAUGCUCUUUCACAUGCACAAGGCGUCGUUUGACGCGGGUCCCACCAUCCAUCGCCGUCCCGCGCCCGGAUCUGUCUACAGGAGCCCGCAGGCUUACGCUAAGCUCCGCGCGGAGAUUGACGCCGAUAAUGCCACGGCUGAUGCGAUAUCAACGAUUUGGAAACGUUCCUAUAAAGGGGUGGAGUGGAAACCAUGCGUGAACAAGUCUAAUGGAGUCUUGCCUGAAUCAAAUGGUUUCAUAUUCAUUGAGGCAAAUGGAGGCUUGAAUCAGCAGCGGACUUCGAUAUGCAAUGCGGUUGCUGUGGCAGGCUACCUUAAUGCGACCCUUGUGAUUCCAAACUUUCACUAUCACAGCAUAUGGAAAGAUCCGAGUAAAUUUGGGGACAUCUACGAUGAAGAUUACUUUAUCAGUACCUUAGCAAAUGAUGUGCGGGUGGUCGAUACGGUUCCUGAGUACUUAAUGGAGCGUUUUGACUAUAACUUGACAAAUGUCUAUAACUUCAGAGUUAAAGCUUGGGCACCCACUAGCUAUUACCGGGACUCAGUCCUGCCAAAGCUGCUUGAAGAAAAGGUUAUAAGGAUUUCCCCAUUUGCAAAUAGACUUUCGUUUGAUGCUCCAAGAGCUAUUCAGAAAUUUAGAUGUUUGGCGAAUAAUGUAGCUUUGCGAUUUGCAAAACCUAUACUCACCCAAGGAGAAACACUGGUGAAGAAAAUGAAGAAGCUUAGUGCAAACAACACUGGGAAGUACGUUUCUGUGCAUCUUCGUUUUGAAGAGGAUAUGGUAGCUUUCUCUUGCUGUGUAUUUGAUGGUGGCAACCAAGAAAAACAAGACAUGAUUGCGGCGAGAGAACGGGGUUGGAAAGGGAAAUUCACGAAACCUGGCCGCGUCAUACGACCAGGAGCUAACAGGCUCAAUGGCAAAUGCCCUUUAACUCCUUUAGAGGUGGGUUUGAUACUUAGAGGAAUGGGCUUCAACAAAAGCACAUAUAUAUACCUGGCCUCUGGGCCGAUAUAUGGUGGGAACAGAACAAUGGAUCCACUACUCGAGAUGUUCCCUAAUCUUCAGACGAAGGAGAUGCUUGCGUCUGAGGAAGAACUAGCUCCUUUUAAGAGUUUCUCCUCGAGAAUGGCUGCACUAGAUUACACAGUGUGUCUCCACAGUGAGGUGUUUGUGACGACACAAGGAGGGAACUUCCCUCAUUUCCUAAUGGGGCAUCGGAGGUAUUUGUUUGGAGGACAUUCAAAGACGAUUCGGCCAGACAAGCGAAAGUUAGCAGUACUCUUUGACAAUCCAAAGUUGAGCAGCUGGAGAAGUUUUAAACAUCAAAUGUUAAUCAUGAGGUCUCAUAGCGACUCCAAGGGGUUUGAGCUGAAACGAUCAAGUGACUCCAUUUACAUAUUCCCUUGCCCUGACUGUAUGUGCCGCAGGAACAGAACUACAGCAACCACCUGAUACAUUGUUGCUAGAGAUUCUGGAAUCUGGUCACAUUGUUUAGUUUCAUUGUAUUGGUAAUUCUUUCAAUUCUUUGGACACAUCCGCAUAACAGAGCGAUAGAGAGAGGACUAGCCUGCAACUUCGGGGACUUCUCAAGCAUUGUCCACGGGUGGGAUUUUUUGACACGUUGAAGUCGAUGUAUCUAGACUGAGGAACUGAGACUAGCUCCCACCAAGAACCACCCCGUGCGUUUUGUACAUUUAGUGUCUAGUGUUGGGUUGCCCACAAAUAAAUGUAGGUUAGGGGAUAACAAAGCUUUUGUACAUUGACCGGUUCCUUUUUGUUUUAUCUAUUAUAAAUUAUUUUGAAGUAAGCUUUUGAA